AUGUUAGGGUUGGUUUUGCUUAUAUUCGGUUCAAUAUGGUUGGGACUCAUUUUAAGGAAAAGAGCCAUAAGCUGUCGGAGAAUUGGAAGAGAUGAAGAUCGGAUCAGUGCAUUGCCAGAUGAUUUGCUCUUGCGGAUUUUAUUGUUUGUUCCGACAGAAGAUGCAGUGUCUACCAUGAUACUGUCGAAACGAUGGCGGUCUAUUUGGACGAUGAUGCCAGAACUCGACUACAAAGAGAUCAAAUAUGGUACUCACAAAAGAAUUAUUGGUCGUUUAUUUGGUAGGCCCAAGUCUGUAUGGCGGUUUCUUAGCGAGUCAAUGCGACUCCACAAAGCACCAAUAUUAGAAAAUUUGGCUAUAGAACUCGGUCCACAUUGUCCUGUUGAUGUUGACGUGGGAAUGUGGAUUGCAAAUGCGGUUGAUCGCAGGGUUCGUAACCUAGGGUUUGGUAUCAAGUGGUCAGCAGGUCCUAUUAGCUUGCCUAAAAGCCUAUAUAUGUGUGAUACCAUUGUGCAUCUCCGUCUUUCCGACAAAGUUUAUGUAGAUGUUUCUUCUUCUCCAGUUUGCCUCCCUUUCCUCACAUCUCUUGAGCUUGUCUCUGUGGUAUACAAAGAUGAAGAUUCUCUAGUUAGGCUCUUGUCAAGUUGUCCUAUUCUCAAGUCUUUGUAUGUGAUGCGACAUCACGAAGACAAUGUGACAAAGUUUAAUUGUUGGACACAAUCUUGCUCGAUUGAGAACAAGCCUCGUCUUGAUAACGCACUUAUCUACAUUUGGUUUUACCCUGAUGAGGAGUUUAUGAGAUCUCUUUCCUCAAUCAUGUAUCUCGAGUUAAAUCUGUCUGCUUUAACGGUUGCGUGUUGUGAGGCCAUUAAAUUCUCCCAGCUUACAGAGUGUAAAAUACGUCCUUAUAACUACGAUUGGUUUGAACCAUUAGUGUUGUUGCUUCAAAAUUCUCCUAAACUGAAAGUUCUUGUCAUCGACCAGAUAUAUUAUCGAAAUGAGGAUUUUCCACUUUCGUGGAACCAACCGAGUUCUAUUCCCGAAUGCUUGUCAGCCUAUCUCGAGGUCUUUGAGUGGGCAGGAUAUGGAGGAACAACCGAACAGAAAUAUAUGGUAAGCUACAUCUUUGCCAAUUCCAAGUGUCUAAAGAGAGUUGGAAUCUCCUUGAAAUCAACCUGGAAACGCAAAGAUAGAAAUAAGAUAAUGAAAGAGUUAGAAUCAAUGCCUAGGAUUUCAACAUCUUCUCAGCUUCUGUUCUCCACUCAGUUGAAGUUUAAGGCUAAUUGA